UGGUAAUUAACUAAAAAUAGUACUUGGAACGUUGGAAGUCUCCAUUCUGUGUUCCGCGUACGUUGCAGAAGAGAAGAGCCAUGGCGGGAGUGAGCAUCACUGCCAAGCGUCUAACAACCUUGCUUUGUCUCCUUCUCCAAAUGGCUUCCGUCAUCGUUAUCAUCUUCUCUUCUCUUCCUUUCUCGCCGAUUUCUUUCUUCGUUUUCUCCGAUUUUUGUUCGUAUUUCUCACCGAUUCCUUCCCUACUUCUUCACCGACUCACCGCUUUUCUUCUUAUCGCAUUCCCCUAUUUGCUUCUUAUCUCCCCGAUUUCCCUCUUCUUUUCCUCCUCACCGCUUUUCGUUACGUGUGUGUUGUGUCAUUCAAUUGCUUUGCCCCUAAGCACUCCACUCCACCGUAAAGGGUUUCGUGCCCAAACAGCUCAGGCAAUUGAAGGAAAUUGUGUAGCAAAUAGCAAUGGAACUCCAGAGUGUACUGAUGUUGGUUUUGUGCUUGUUGAGCUAUGGAUAUUCAAACGACUUGGUGCUGAACUUGCACCACAGGUAUGGCGGGCUUGAGAGCGCCAACCUGAGCGAUUUGAGGGCCCACGACCUGCGCCGUCACGGCAGAAUGCUUGGCCCCGUCGACUUCCCUAUAGGUGGAACUAGAACAUUCACUGGCGUUGGACUCCACUAUACCACGCUUAUGAUUGGGACUCCUCCAAAGGCCUAUAAUGUCUUUGUUGAUACCGGGAGUGACAUACUAUGGGUGCAUUGUGCUGGUUGUGACAGCUGUCCGAAAGCGAGCAGCCUAGGGAUAGAUUUGGUGCAGUAUGAUAUAAAGGCCUCUUCUACCGCAUAUUGGGUUAAUUGUCACCAAGAUUUUUGUUAUACAUUGCACACUAAAGCAUACAAAGCUUGUGGUGCUAAUAUGCACUGUGCAUUUGAGAUUUCUUAUGGGGAAGGAAGCAGAACAGCUGGACCAUAUGUUCAUGAUUAUGUUCAUAUUGAUCAAGUGACUGGAAAUCUUCAAACUGCAUCUGUUGACGGGACGGUUGUGUUUGGGUGUUCAUCUGAAGUAUCUGGAAUGCUAAGCACAGAUAGUGAAUCUUCUGAUGGGAUAAUUGGUUUUGGACAAGCAAAUUCCUCCUUUAUUUCACAGCUAACAGCACAGGGAAAGGUGAAAAAGAUAUUUUCACAUUGUUUGAAUCGCAAUGGAGGUGGCAUACUUGCUAUGGGACAAGUAGUUCAGCCUAAAGUAAAUUCAACACCACUCGAACCAUAUCGGCGACAUUAUACUGUUAUUUUGAAGUCGAUUGAAGUUGGCGGUGCUGCUCUAGACAUUCAAAUGUAUGGUGGCGUAGAGACUAUAAUUGACAGUGGCUCAACAUUCGCCUAUAUUAGUGGUUGGAUCUAUGAUCCUCUCGUGGACAAGAUGCUGGAAAAGCAACCUGGACUUAAAACUCAUUUUUAUAAUGGGUUCAAAUGCUUUGACUACCAUGGAAAUGUUGAUGAAGGAUUCCCAGCUGUAACCCUUAAUUUUAUGGGUUCUCUGAAUUUAACUCUGUAUCCUCAUGAUUACCUUAUCUCAUUUCAACAUGGUGUACAAUGCAUUGGUUUGGAGUCUAAGAGCAUGACAUUGUUAGGAGAUAUUGCGCUCUCUAACAAGUUAUUCGUGUAUGAUCUCGAAAGCCAAACCCUCGGGUGGACGGAACAUGAUUGCUCUUCCAGCAUCAAGGUAAAAGAUGAAGGCACGGGCAAUGUGUACACUUUGGGUGCCCAUCAUAGGUCGUCAUCAUCCGAUUUGAGAACAAGAAAAAGUAUUAUUUUUAUAUUCUUUUUCAUAAUUUACAUUUUUGUAUGUAAUAUGUUGACGAUAUAAGACGACAAAAGUUGUCAUUAUAGAUGUAUAUAGUGAAUGUCAUGAUAACAUAUUUAAUAAAAUGCAAUGUUUUAUUUAUUUAUUUAUUA